AUGGUAUUUUAAAAUUGUGUUGCCUGUGGAAAGAAAUCAGAAGGAUUAGUGAAAUUGCUUCCUCAUUUCGAAUCCUCAAGGGAAUACGAGUAUAUCCAUAAAAAGUGCCUAUUAUUUUACAAAUCUGAUUGGAAUCAUCGGUUGGCAGUCAAUAAAAAAUUAUUUUACAAGGAAUACUUGUAACAUUGUUCAAUAUGUGGGAAAAGAAACUAUAAAUAAGUUGUUCGUUGUUCACAGAGGUAUAAUUAGAAUGUGUAAUUCGUAAAAGUUUAUGUAAAAAGAGCUUUCACUUUGAUUGUGUAGACAACCCUAUAAUAUCUAAGACUGAAGAGAAUGGCCACCGCCCUCCUUAGUUAUUGA